AGUGUGUGUGCGUGCGCGUGCGCGCGCGCUGCUCAAACUUUUGUUUUUCCAUUUUAGAUUGGUUCUCUUGUGCAGACUUCCUCAAGCCCUGUUUCACAAUGGGGAAUAUGAACUACCGCUCCUCAGCAGGUUCCCCUUUGGAUUUCUUCCCAACUCCCGCAAUGCCCUCCGAGGCAGAUCUAAUGUCCAUGGCCAUGGCCAUAUCCUCCACAAGCUCCUCCCAACGGACACAGACGCCUUCGUUCCAAACAGCCACCGACAACUCCCUGGCAGUCACAGACUGGUCGCAGGAGAUGUCUCCUCCCUCCGAAUGGGCCAUCUUAAGCUUAGACACUGUCAAGUCUCCGAAUGUGAGUGGCCAAGACGAGGCCCUGGAGGUCAGUCUGCGCAGCCUGACAUCGCUACAUACGUCCAGGGCAUGGCCUUUGGAGCAGAGCUGGCAGGAUGGCGACAGCGGGCUGGAGCCUCAGGCUUCGGUCGAGAGGUCCGGGGAGGAGCUGAGCCGAGACUUGCUCGGCCUGAUGGAGCGUCAUCGCAACUCGCUGGGCCUCAGCCUCAACACGGACGCCACCGCCGAAGCUGUAGAGCUGGUCAGACAGCUGAUAACAGAGAGAGACAAACUAGCUGAGGAGGUGAACUGCCUGCGAGAGACGUUAAAUAACGAGAAGUUGGAGUGGCAGCAGUUCCAGUUGGACCUGCUGGCGACCGUUUCCGCGGCCGAUAGGAUGCGUACGGAAUCGGAACAAGCCCUCGGCGACUUGGAGGAGGAUUGCAAGAGUUUGCAGGAGCAGCUGGCCCAGGCCCAUGGAAGGCAGCUCGAGACGCAGCGGGAGAUGGAACGUCUGCGGUCCCAACACACGGACGUGUGCUUUCGACUGUCCUCGCUCGAAAAGAAGAAGAAGCAGCAGCAGAAAAUGGAUGGAAGAUUCACAGAAGACAAAAGUAACCCUGCGGAGGGUCACGAGAUGAAAAUGCACUACUUUAUAGAGGAUGUUGACAUGGACAGUGUUGAAAAACAAGACGAGCACGAAGCUUACGGAGAGCAGGACGCAAAUAGAUCUGCAAGCUCACAGCUGACAGCCAAGGGCAUAGGGAAGGUAUACGUGGAUGCGCUGGAGAAGAAAAACGGAGGAGGCCGUGACCCGAGGAGGAUUGUGAUGUCAUCCGAACGAUCUUUGAGUUUGUCCCGCAUCCCGUUACCUAUUGGCUCCUGUCACAAUAACUCGCUGAAAACAAGCUCAACGUUGCCACAAUCAAAGAAAGAAGAGCCAAUGCGAGGGAGGAAAAUGUCUCACAUUUUAAAGCGCCAGGACAGCUGGUCAAGUUGUCACACGGUCAUAGUGGAGACUUCCGGAGAUUCUGAGCCUUUGUCCAGAACAGAUGUUCACUCCUAUGCCUCCAAACUGCAAAUGGAUGCUGCAUGUACAAAGCCACUUCUGGGAAAACAACAUGAAGACCCGCCAUUAGAUAUGAUCAAACCUGCGGGUGGAUCUCGUGCUCCGCUACGGGGUCACGGCAGCGCCAGAAGAAAGACCCUCCUGAGCCAGUGUCAAAGUCACACAGAAGGCUAUCGGUACAUUGAGAUCACGAACUUCAGCACCUGUUGGGAGAAUGGAUUGGCCUUCUGUGCCUUAUAUCAUAAAUAUCUGCCGACUCUCAUCCCUUACAACAGCCUCAACCCAGCGGCGAAGAAGGAAAAUUUGGACCUUGCUUUUAGGACAGGAGAGUCUGUUGGGAUCGCAGCCACUCUGUCGGUGGAAGAGAUGCUGAAGGAGGAUGGUCCUGACUGGCACAAAGUCCUGUGUUACGUGGAAAGCAUAUUUCAUCACUUUGAGAUGGAGGUACCGACCACCCAAAGUAUUGACUACGUGACGGCAACAUGACUCAAAUAUAUGGUUUUAUGGAGCCACACACUUCACCAGUAGAAGAAGGAAGACUGUGUUUAAUUUGAUCUUUUCCUCGUAAUGUUGCUCACACCGCGUAAGAAAAGCAGCCAGGUUUGUUGCGCUUGAUAUACACCACAUUAUUAUUAUUCGUAUCUUUUCUUUGUUUUGUGUUUUAAGACGAGAAAACCCAUGAAUCUAACUGACCAAUCACCUGCACUGUAACUCCUUUCAUGUUUGCUUGGGUGGGCUUUGAAUCACUUUUUGCACUACAUUUGGGGAAAAAAUGAGCACUUUAAAGGAGACUAAGGAAUAGAGGCACUGAAGUGUUGUUUAUCUUGGUCGUAAAGCGUCGCCAACUGUAAUGGUCACAUAACAAAUAUAUACUGUAUAUAUCUUUUAAUCCCAUCUGUCUGAGGAGCAUAUUAGGAACGUGUGCAUUGGGUCAGUAUUUAUUUUUUGGUCUUGUUGUUCCCUGAAAACGUAAUGCAUGAAUAAAGAUAUGUUUAAGCUGCUCAGUGAUGCUGUUCCACUGCUAAAAUUAAAUAUGGACUUCAGAUAGCCAACAUUGCUUCCACUAUGUCAGUUAUGAUAUCUUGGUGUGGGCCAUUGACCCUCGGCAUAAAAUUGACAGUUUUAAAACUCAAUUAGGUGAACCUAACCUAGUCCUAAUUUGACGAGUACAAAAAAAGUUCUACAUUGAAAAUAAAACGACGUUGG